AUGCUUGCAAACGAAGUCAAUGAAAUCACAGCUGGCUUCGUUAGUGACUACAACAAAAGUCAAGACUGUUCAUUCUAUGCGCUCAUUUCUAGAGCGGCGUCUUUGGCCUGCAGAAACAACUCUAGCGAAGAUUCACGCUCGGUUAUCAAAACAGCGUCACAACUGUUCAUUCAGAGCCGGAGCCCUCUCGCACUCAGAGUAAAUGGUCGCACGGAAUAUCCUGCACCACGGUUAUUGCUGGCAACCAACCAACAAACUUCAAGCCAGCGGAACAAUCGGCCUCCUCUACGAGAGAUUGACCGAUGCGAAGACAGGUUCAUUUUUGCGGAAAUUGAACACUUACCCAACUUCGCUGAUAGUUUCAUCCGGCGACGUGCUAUUCCGAGCUCUUUGGAUGUUUCUUUAGUCCAAAAAUGGUUAUUUAAUUGCAAUGGCCAUGAGCAUUCGAAGGUGCCACUAAGCAGGGCUAGCAACACACUUUUCCAUGGGCAAUACCCCUUCCGGUUGAUUGAUGUCGUAGAGGAAUGUCUAACAAAUCGGAAUGAACGAUGUGAAUACACAGUAUCAUCUUACACACGGGGAAAUUCUGACACUAUUCUGAAUGCGGAAAAGAAUACUAAAGAAGCCUCAAUUCUUGUCACAACCCAAACAAAUCUAGACACGCUUUACAGUCCACAUGCUUUAUCCUCGCUGCGAAGAGAUAUACUUCAGGAUGGGAUUGUUCCUCGCACUGUCCGUGACACAAUGGAACUGACACGCAAGAUUGGGAUUCGAUACCUGUGGGUGGACACACUUUGCAUUGUGCAAGAUGACCCGGAUGACAAAUCACGACUAGUGAGCGCGAUGGGCAACAUCUACAAUGGUUCUACACUCACCCUUAUUGCAGCUGUAGGUGACAAUCCGCAUGCGGGACUGCGAGGAGUUAGUCACCGUCCUGAUAGUCCCAUAGAACCUUACGAAAUUAUCGAUCAUGGCAAGUUAUUGACGCUUUCUCUCUGCCUGCCAUCCUUAUGCGAGGAAGUCCGAAAGGGCAAGUGGUACAGUCGUGGUUGGACAUACCAGGAGCAGUGCUUGUCGCAGCGCUGUUUGUACUUUACCUCGAACGAACUUUUUUUUCAAUGCCCCGAAAGCCAGUGGAGGGAGGGAUAUGACUGUAUGGAGCAACUGCCAUCUCAAGACAUUCAAGUCCGCACCGGGCCUCCAUGGUGGAGUAAGAGACUCAGAAAAGACCCCAAUCCUACUCCCUAUCGUUACUUGGGGGAAGUCAAAGCGCACUUGCAAGCCGAAAGCUACCUAAUGGCAGUUCAGGAAUACAGUCAGAGAAACUUAAAACAUUCGAAUGACGUGCUUGAUGCCUUCGAAGGCAUUUUUCAUCGAUUCAACAGGCCAAAGAAUCUGUCUAACUUGAGCAUUCAUCAGACCCAAGGCAUUCCAGCCGAUGUUUUAUCUCAAGCUUUAUUGUGGUUUCCAUCGAAAACCUGUCAGAAACGUGUAAGAACCACUCAGGCUAGGAUGGCUGUAAAGCAGUUCUCGACAUGGUCAUGGUUGGCAACUCGACAGAGAAAAUAUGGUCGAGUUCUGCGUGGAAGAGCGCGGGCAAGUACUAUUGCAGAAAUUUGA